CGAGACGUUUGAUAGGCGACCACGGCUUUUGAGCUCCGGAAGCGGAAGUGGAGUACUGAGAGUUUCCUGCGCGUUUGGUUGCCUUGGAGAGCUGUGUGGGGUGCUGCUGUGCGGACGUCCGAGGUUCCUGCCGGGCAUCCGGAGUUGGGAUCUUAAAAGUUAUACAGAAUUUCAAGAUGAGUGAUACUUCUGAAGUGAAUCCAAAUUUUGAAGAGAUGUUUGCAAGCAGAUUCACACAAGAUGACAAAGAGUACCAGGAAUACUUGAAACGCCCUCCUGAAUCCCCUCCAAUUGUUGAGGAAUGGAAUAGCAGAGCUGGUGGUAACCAAAGAAAUAGAGGCAACUGGCUGCAAGAUAACAGACAGUUUAGAGGUAGGGAUAACAGACGAGGAUGGCCAAGUGACAAUCGAUCAAAUCAGUGGCAUGGACGGCCGUGGGGCAACAAUUAUCCACAGCAGAGACAAGAGCCUUACUAUCAACAACAAUACGGACAGUAUGGUCACAACCAGCGGCCUCCCUAUGGUUACUACUGACAGAAAUGUUACCACUUUUAACAAAAGACCAUUCGUGUUGAUAACAUGCUGAACCUUCGUUUGUCUUCUUUCAGUCAUAGUUUUUCAUUCUAUUUUACAGAAUGGGUUGUUAAUUGUUUAGAACUUGAGAUUUGAUCUUGUUAGAGAUGUGAUGAUUGAUGGGAAUAAAGUUUGAAUUAUA